UGAGAUUAUCUCUCUUGUAGGAUCUUAUUAUCUUGUUUAUGAUACUGAUAUAGUCAGGGAAGUAUCCAAAUUGCACCGUUCAUUUAGGAAUGUACUUCCGGGGAUAACAUAUGCAUCCCCGUCACUUGGUCAGAAGAGCGACAUGACUUAUGUAGGACAGCAAGAAACAAUGGAAAGUGGGCGUCGCAAAGCACAUCCCAGCGGAGGCAAAGGUGGAAGUGAGGAGUGUGGAGUUAGUGUUGGAGACCGUGUCGUGUGGCUAACUGAGGAGUACCCUGAGCUGGGUUGGGUGCGCUGGACUGGGAAACAACCAGGCUUGGAUGGCAGCCCAGGUUGGAUGGUUGGAGUGGAAUUUGACCAUCCAGUAGGUAACGACAACCACAGAGUCAAUGGCCGUCAGCUCUUUGAUGCCAAAAUGAACCAUGCAUCUUUAUUGCCUGUCACAAGUCUAAUGAAGGCUGAAGAUUUUCUAGGUUCUGAAGCUCUUAACGUGGACCACCACAGUGGACGUAACUCUAGUGGGAAAAGACCUGCCCACCUCACUUCAAAGGGAGAUAAUCAGUUGGGAAGUGACAUCUCCAGCAUGACGCCAUUCCACCUCCUGGCCUACGAACAACUCUCUGCAUCUGGCCAGCGAAACUCAGACCCUCCACCCCCUUACUCAGAGAAAGAAGAUUGGGAAAUCUUGCCGCACAUGACUUAUUCUGUGCAGAAAAAUAUGUUAUCCAGCAAUAAGGAAACCCUCCAUGACCACAAAUCGCGCCAGAGAGACAAAGGGAAGAUCCUGAACCGAAACCUAGACAAGAAAAACAACAAGUGGAAGUCUCCUGCCACAGGCACAAGGUCAACCAGUGUCAAUGCUGAUGUGGACCAGAAUUCUCCGAUUGGAGGCUUUGGGGAUAACGACUUCCCUGUGAACCCCCUCUACCAUUUGUCACUUCAUGGAAUUGACCAGUUGGAAGUUGUGUCAGAUGGCGAUGGAAGCGUGUAUGAGACCCCAGAGGGUAGUGUGGAGGGUACGGAAGAGGAUCUUGACAUUGGGUCGCUGGUAGAGGUCGUCAUUAAGGAGGUUCCAAGAUUUGGUGUCAUACGUUGGAUUGGCACUGUGCCAGGUGACAAAAAAGAGGGACGGAAAGUUGCUGGAGUGGAAAUGGAAGAUGCUGAGGAUGGCUUGUCAGAUGGAACUUUCAGCGGAAAGCGGUAUUUCACAUGUGCAGCUGGAAAAGCAUUAUUUGUCCCAUUGCGCAUGUGCCAUAGGGACAGCCGCUUUCUGGAGUCCAUAUCGUCCAAUCCAAGAGCCAGUCUUGGGUCCUCAUCCAGAGGUACUUUGGCAGUAUGGAUUGUUCAACCAGUAGGUGGAGGUGGGAGUGUUCCACCCUUGUCAACACCAGAAGAAGUGCGAGCGAUGUUUGGCAAGAACCGUGGCAUUCAAGGUCACCAAAAUUCAUGUUAUCUCGAUGCCACACUCUUUAGUAUGUUUGCAUUUACCAGUGUUUUUGACAACCUGCUGUUUCGACCUCCAACUCCUCAGGAUAUAAAAGAAUAAGUCCAAAGAGUGUUGAGGGAAGAAAUUGUGAAUCCUUUGAGGGUUCAUAGAAUUAUGAACUCUUUGACAAUUGACCAUAGACGAGGCGUACACAUGAGGGAAGAAAUUCAAGUCUUAACAUUUAAGACAAAAGAUCCAGAGGAGUUCCUGCACUCCCUUCUUGCACAGAUCUUGCAGGCUGAGCCACUGUUACAGCUUUCCUCAGGGCAAGAAGCGUACCACUACCAACUCUUCGUGGAUAAGGAUGAGAAGCUGAAUCUGCCGUCAGUUCAGACGCUGUUUGAUCAGUCCUUCCUUACCUCAGAUAUCAAGCUGAAGCAAGUUCCGUCCUGUUUAAUAAUCCAAAUGCCAAGGUUUGGAAAGGACUACAAGAUGUACCCAAGAAUAUUGCCUUCCAUGGUUUUAGAUGUUACUGAUGUUAUUGAAGAUUCACCUCGCCAAUGUAUCAUCUGUGGAAAGCUUGCAGAAUAUGAAUGUCGAGAGUGCUUUGGCCAGUGUGGAUCAGGCCUGGAAAGUAUUGCAUUCUGUGCCAAAUGCAUGGACAAGGUUCACAGCCAUAAGAAAAGGGGAAGUCACGCAUCAACCCGAAAGCUGAAAGUGCCCCCAGACUUCCAGAUGUUAGCAGACCACUGUGGAUCCAUUCCGAGAGUGUACAUGGAGCUCUUUGCUGUUGUGUGCAUUGAGACAUCGCACUAUGUUGCUUUCACGCGGUGUGGUUCAGGUGCUGAUGCCACUUGGUGCUUCUUUGACUCCAUGGCUGACAGGAAAGGUGAACAACACGGCUACAACAUCCCAACAGUAGUGGAAUGUGGAGACCUCAUGCAGUGGGUGGGAGAGGAAGGCAGCCAGAUGCUCCACGCUGUUACCGAUAACAAAGCCCUACCUGACCUCCCCCGACGCCUGCUCUGUGAUGCAUACAUGUGCUUUUAUCAGAGCCCCAAAGUCAUGAUGUAUAGAUAAGAUAUGAGGUUUUUGCAUAAUUGCAGUUUGUUUUUGACAGCAUAAUUGCAAAAAUGUUGAUGAAAUUCAUUGCACUGGAGGAAAUGAAUGUGUGAUAUCAGGUAUUGCCCUCUCCCUAACUCUCUUUAAAAAGGUGUACAGUAUUGUUGAAAUUCAAACCAGUGUUGCAGAAACUCACACAAAUUAAGAGAAGAAAAAUAGAGCACAAAGCUUCCAGUUCAUAAUAGCUCUGUGGUCUAUGGGUUGCAUAACCAUCACAGGGGGGGCUAUUGCACUAAUCCAGCCUAAUUGCCUGAUUAUAGCAGAACUAGGUACUGGGUCAGGCCUGGAAGUCCUUCAGCCUUUAACCAGAAUACCAGCUUGGUUACAUUGUUGGUCUAGGGAGACUUCUAUUUACUGUUUUACAGAUUUUAUCUUGAAUAAAAUAAUAAGUUCUGCAAAAUGAAGGGGUUAUUAAACUGAUAUUUAUGGUUGGAACAGAUUAUUAAUGGUACACUUUUAUUGUAUCUUAUUCUGAUGUGUGAAAGCUGCCGUCAGGUUUUUUGCUUUUUGGUUCCUUUGAAAUGUAAUGUGCUUCUUUGAUUUCAAAAUUUGAAUUGUAACUGGAGCAGAGACAAAUUUUCCGAAGGCAGGUAAGGUAGCCCUUAUUUUGCUAUGACAUCCAUGUAGUCAAGUGUCAUGACUAUGAUGACUUGAGAUUAAUAUUCUGUUUAGCUUUAUGUGAGUAAAAGCUACUAAUAUGCUAGUCCAGAUUAAUUUUUUUUUAUCCUUUUCUUCAGGAGUAGAUGAGGACUAUGUAUCAUGCUUGUGUUCUAAAUGAUUUGGUAUUACAUAUAAUUGUAUCUCUUGAGGUCUGGUGCAAAGGGUUAUAUAUACUGUAUGUAUUUUUUUUAUUGCUUAACAAACUGAAAUCUUCCUGUUGUCAUCACAAAAGCUUACUUGGAUUGACAUAGUCAUAUGCUGAGCAGCAAGAUUCCUAGAGAAAAAGAGGCUUGAGUAUCAUACAGACUGGAAUUGUUUCAUGAAAAUUAUCUGCUUUAUAGUAAUAGAGGUUGUAGAUAUAGUUUUAACAUUUUCCAUAAAUUGUAUGUUAUUUUGUAAGAUGAAUUUGCAUGAUUUUUCUGUCCUUUUAGUUUCAUAGUACAGCCAUUUUAUACUUCCUAUUGGAUAAGAUGAUGGUGUAUGUCAGUGGUAAACAGACUUUUCUGGCCAUAUUUUGGGCCACGUGUCAUGUCUUCUUGCUAUGACCUAGUCUCCCCUCCUCUUGCUGCCACCAAUACUUUUGUCACCAUUUAUUGAUAACUGAAUAUAUCACAUUUCCAUUGCAUUUAUACAGAACACAUUUUGACUGACAUUAACUGGAUAUCAUUUGUAUUAGAUCAUGUAUUAUGCAGACUAUUUAUAUUAUAAUGAAACAAAAGGAAAAAAAGUUGUUUUCACAGCAUUAGAUGGGAAUCGGAGUAAUAAAUUUUUGUUCAUUCUUCUAAAUUUCAUCUAUUAGUUUUGAUUUUUGUGUGCCCAAAGCAAGAGACUCUAAUUUACAAUGAUUAAUAGUGAGUGAAAAUGUAAACUACAGCCUGGAUAGAUGUGCUUAGAGCUCAUGCAAGUUUCAAACUUGAGCAGCAGUCAGCUUUGCCAAAUUGUAUAUGUGCUAGUUAGUCUUGACUUUGUGAUAGUUUAUGAAAUGUAUUAAAUUUUAAUGACACAUGAAUAUAGAGUCUGGUUUUGCUUUUUUUUCUUGUGUAUCCCUUGCUAUUGUGAAGUUGCACCCCAAGGUGUAUAUACACUGCUGUUUAGGAACUGCUCGAUUAUGUCACACACUUAAUUCUUUCAUUUUUGGAAGGUGAGUCUUUUUAUUUUAAGUAUAUUACCCUUUGAAAAGCACAUUAUUUUAGCAAUGAAAUAUAUAUUCUCAUAUGUCAGAAAGGAAAAUGUAAUUAGUUUUGAUAUUUGAAGUAAUUUCAUGGAUUUAUAUAGUUUUGAAAAAUAACUUACCUCAAGUAGAGCUAAUAUAGUUAAUAUAGUUUGAACAAGCAAGUGAUGAUAUCACUUUGCUUGCAGAGGAGCAGGAAUGAUGCGAGUGAUGCUGAGAGAGUGUAUUUGCUAGUCAAAGGCCGGGAAAAAUGAGAAGAAUAGAAAAGAAUGACAGGAAAAAAAAAAUAUAUAUAUAUAUACAUGUAUAUUCAUUUACAAAUACUGGGUAGGAUUCAGAAUUUAGAGGGCCCAAAAGUAUGAGGCUUGGAGGCCGUUUUUAAAGUAAAAAUAGGGUUAUAUAAAACUUGAGAACAUUAAUAUCUUUUAAUCUGUAGUAUAAAACAAACAAAUAACUCAUAUUAAAGCAGUACAUAAUAUAUUCUAAUAUAUUCUAAAAGGCCACCAAAAUUGGGAGGUCCCUUGAAAUUUGCAGUGUUUUGCCAAUGAAUUCCAGCCAUUUUUGAAUUUCCUCUCUCAGUCUUAAAAUAUUGUACCCUUACUUUAUUGCCCAUAUCUAGAUGUCUAACUUUUUAAAUUGUCAGACUAAUGAUUGUCAUUUCAUCAUGAAACAUGCCCUAUCCAUCAUCACUUCUUAAUUUUUUCAGCCUGUAUAUUAUCUUUAAUGGUCUGUUGUAUUAUACAUGCUCUUUUUCAUUCUCUUGACAGUAUGCCUAUAAUUGAUCUUCCUGUGGGUCUUUCUUUUUUCUAAUGAUUUUUCACAUUUCUGAGCCAUUUGUUAAAAAUGAUACACACACAUCCAACAUAUGUAUAUAUACAGUAUUUAUAUGCAUAGGUAAAGGCCUGUCCAGUCAUUUGGACCUGAUAGGCUGGUAUGCCUGAGAAGUGAUAUUAGAGGGCAAAACUAUUGGCUAAACAAUUGAUACCACUUGUAAAUCAAGUGUCAAGUCAUCGGUUUGCCUGUCCUACUUAGGCAUGCCCUCAGAUCAAGCCUACUUUUCUGGACAUGCUUAAAUGUGUGUGCAUGCACACAGGUGUAUACAUGUAAUGCUGGCAUUUUUAUGGUGUACCAUUUCAAAGUCAUAUAUAGCUUUGGAGAUUGUAUGAAAAGUUUUAAAGUUGUUCCUCUUCAUAUGGCAUAUUAACCCACUGACUCUGGGUUUAUGUACAGUCCAUUGUAGUUUUUUUUGUAAACUUUGUUGCCCACAGAUGGCUCCACAAGUGCUCAGCAACCAGGGAGUCUGUUAGUAGACCCUAGUGAUUUCUCCAUUCCUCAGAUUUGUGGGAUUUUUUUUUCUAAUGCUAUUGAUAUCAUUACUGUUAUUAUUAUCACUGAUGUAAUGAUUAUUAUAAUGUUAUUAGAAUACUAAUAACAAUAGAUAGUAAUGUAAUAGAAAAGAAUCAAGGAAAGGGUAAACAGAAGGAGGUAGGACUCAUAGUUUAUCCUUUGUUGACUUAGUACUUGUGGAGCCACAUAUGUGUAAAAAACAGUUAAAUAAAAUUACAUUAGGCAUGGCAUUAUAUCAUGCCAUCGGCUGCCAAUAGGUUAAAUGUGGUCAAGUGAAGAAUGCAACUAUACUUUAUUUCAUAGUAAUAUUAAAGAUGACAGAAUUGACCUUUACACUUCCUCAGGUUCCUUCCAAGUUGAGAGGAAACCAUUUGAUAUUUUACUGAGAAAUAAUAAUAAUGUGUGAAUAUAAGCAUAGGUAUGAUUAAUGAUUAUCAAGAUUAAGAUAAAUUAAUAUCAAGAACAUACCCAGGAUUGUCUUUCCCAAGGUGUUAGGGUGUAUAUUUUUUCAGAUAUUAGAAAAUCAGAGCACUUAAUAUUUUUCAAAAGACCAUAAGCAGAUAUACUUGGCUUAAUGUUUUUUUUUUUUUAAGAAAUAAGUGCCAAAAGUUAAUGGAGACCUAUUUUGCUUAUAAUUUUUUUUUUCUUUAGGACAAGGAGUAAGAUAUGGUGAUUGGUUUACAACAGUUAAAAGGCAUAAUGUCUCAGGAAUUAUAGUCUUACCUGUUUCUGUUUCCCAUUUGAACUUAUUUAUAUUUUCCAACUUUUUCAGUCCUUUAAAAGAUAAUUUUACAGUAUCUAUCUAUUGUAUGUUUGUGUAUGAUUCAUUACUAUGUUUUUUAUUGAAUUACUUGUGGGUCAAAUGAUCUUUUAUUGCCGUUGUGCAUUGUGUUUGUUAUUUAUCUUUUUCUCCAAUCACUGCAUUAGAAUUGCCCAACUUGUUUCCUACACAAAUGCUUUCCUGCCCUUUUAUAUGACAAGGGAUGAAAGAAAACUGUUGCCUUCAAUUGCAGUAUAUGUAGUUCCAACUUAGCAACUGAAAGUGGGUUUUAUAGAACUCCCUUUUGGUAGUCUUGAAGGAAGUCACUUUGCAGUUUUAAUCAAAAUGUACCAUACUUAUUGUGUUGCAUUUGUAAUGUUCAGGUUGAUUUGAGGUUUAGUAAAGAGAGUAACAGUAGCUUUGUUUUGUGAACUAACUUUCAAGGUUAAUGCCUGAUGUACAGUAUGUGUUCUUUGAAGCCAUUCUUUGUAUAGUCUUCAUGUUGUACUUAACACUGCUUCACCAUGCUUUGUUACUGUCAUUUUAAAGCUAAGCCAACUUGUUUUUAAAAAUUUGUUGAUUACAUAGCCUCUCUAUAUAUAACACACCUUGACAGGGAUUGAAAGAUUUAAUAUAAUUUGCCAAGCCAUUACUCAUCAGGAGUGGAUCCUGCAAAAUUUAUUUGUUAAAGAAAAAAUAUAAGCUACAUAUUUUUUGCAUUAUUUUUAUGCCUAAUUGUAAAAUCAUUUAGAAUAAUUUACAGUGUUUUAGUUAUUGUAGAAAAAAUGUAAAUGAUAAAUAUAGUUCAGUAAAUAUUGUUGUUUUCUAGCAAUAUAGUGUAAUAUUUGGAGGAUAUACAAGAGUUUUAGUAGAAUAUGUCUAUUUCUGUAAUUGGUUCAAAAUAGUGUAGGAGUAUUUUGUGAAUAUAUGUUGCUUAUAGUUAUUGUGCCUCCAAAGCCUUUCCAAUCUUGUUUUAAAACAAUAAAGGUACACAAAAUAUAA